AUGCUGUGCGGUACCCACCUGAAUGAUCUCCUCCAUGUCGGCCCUCAGGGAGGGACGGCGGGUGCCUUCGUAUCGCUUGGGAUUUCCAAUGCUCUCCUACCGCUGUCCGAUGUCGACCGAGGCGCGUACUACGCCCUCGCCGCUGUCGCACUGUUUCUCUCCACCAUGAUCUUGUCCUAUCUCGAAAAGCCACCUAUAUGGCAUAAGUUCGCAUUGCUGGUCAACACAGUCAUGAUCUUGUUGUAUCUGAGCCGCCCCGACGUGACAUGGUACUACCCAUUGAUCGGGUUGCUCUCGGUCGUGCUUGGGAUCGGCUGCGCUCUCGCAGCGUCGCUCCUGCCCCUUCCCUCGAUCGCCACGCUCCAGUUCGCCCGCGCCAUCCAAACCAACAUGCUGAUCGCGGCGCACCUCACGCUGAUCGAUCGCCAGGUGCUCAGCAAGUUGAUCGAGCUGAUGGUGGGCGUGUAUACGACGAGCCCGCGGAAGGACCAGAAGCGCACGCGGUUGCGGAUACGGGCCGAGCUGUUCCUCAAGGCGCUGCGGAGAAACAUCGCGGCGACCGCCCAACUCGCCGACGCGGCCAAGUGGGAACACUUCUUUGCCACCGAAGACGCGGCCAAGCAGUAUCUGGCGGCACUCCAGAGCCUCGCCGAAGCAGCCACCGCCAUGCAUCUCGGCCUCGAUAACAUCAAAUACAACAACAAGCUCUACGGUCCGCAUCUGACCUACUCGGGGGAGCCGCUCAGACGGAGCACGGUCGCGAUGCAGACCUACCUCCUCGGCACUGCCCCGGGUCUGCAGUGGAAGGCCAGCAAGCUGUCUCCGCUCUACAACUUCUUCACCCGGCCAUUCGUGAUGGCCGUGCCGCUCGAGCAGGUGACGGUGGAGGCCUCCGGGCACCUCCGAUCCUUGCGGUCGAAGCUGCACCAGGAGGAGGAGCAAGUGGAGCAGGCCCGGAGGAAGGUGGCGGAGGUCAGUCGAUGUAUUGACCAGACCCAUCGGCAGUUUCGGCACGACGUCAUCUGGUCCGCUGGCACCAAGGCGGAGAAUCGAGGGUGGUCCCUUGACGACGUGAUCCCGAUCCACUGCUUCAUGUUCGGCCUGCAGACCUUCCUGCGCCAGUCGUCCCAGCUGCACACCGUCCAGUUUCGCUGGUACUCCAGAGACCCGCGGGAAUACUUGCGACAGUUUAUCUAUGCCGAGUUCAUCGCCCCCAUCGUCAGCGGCGCAAAGACGUUGCUGCGGUUGGUGAAGAUGCCGUGGCGCGUGUUCACGUUCAUAAGAGACACGGCGCCAUCCCGUCGCAAACGAUUCGCCGAAUGGAACCAAUGGCUGUUUAGUCUGGCCCUCAUCGUAACGGUGGCCGGCCUGCUGGUGUUCAUUCCCAGCCUGCAGUCCAUCUUCCCCUUCGGCCUCUGGGCUCCGCUUGCCGUCGUGCUGAGCGUCGAGCGAGGCGCUCGCCAGGGCUCCACCCUCAAAGCCACCGGCUUUCGCGUUUACGGGUACUUGAUCGCGUUGAUCGCCGCCGGUUCGCCGUACGUCAUCGCCGCGCUCCUCGCCGGCUGGGUGUUUGUCGCCGGCUACUCGCGCUCGAGCAAGACUUGGGGCGGCCUGGGCCUGAUCAUCACCAUUUCGGCUCCGUUGAUCGUGUUUCGAGGGUCGGGGCCGCUGGCCACGACGCUGGGCCUGCAGCAGCUGGCCCUGUACCGCAUCCAGGCCACGCUCAUCGGUCAGCUGGUGGCGAUGGGUAUCAGCAUAGUGUGGCCCGUGCGCGCAGCCGUGCUUCUGCGCAACCGAUCCACCGCACGCACCCUCCUGGGCGUCAGGCACUCCGUGGCUGCUUUGAUCACAUGA